AUGAGCGAGGCAAAGGUUGAGAGCACUCUGAACCCGGGACAAGAUUAUGAUCUGAUAGUAGUAGGAGCAGGCGUCGUAGGAAGUGCGGCUGCCACAGCUUUCGGCAAGCAAGGGAGAAAAGUCUUGUUGAUCGAGAGAGAUUUGAGUGAACCCGAUCGUAUAGUUGGGGAAUUGCUCCAACCAGGGGGUGUUAUGGCUCUCGAGAAACUUGGACUGGAUCACUGCCUGAAAGACAUUGACGCAAUAGCGUGUCACGGCUAUGCUGUCUUUUAUCAUGGACAGGCAGUGGAUGUUCCUUAUCCUACCCGUAACGAUGGGAAUAAGGCUAUCGGUAGAUCGUUCCAUCAUGGCAAGUUUAUAAUGAACUUGCGAAAGGCUGCAUCUGAAGUACCCACCGUCACAAUAUUUGAAGGCACGGCCAGUGAUAUACUACUUUGUCCUAUAACAAAUCGUGCCUUGGGUGUUUCUGUCACGCCAAAGGGACAGAGUGAGAUAACCAAAAAUUUUUUUGCUCCACUUACAAUUGUGGCGGACGGAUGUUACUCUAAAUUUAGGAAGGAGUUUGUUCCUCGGAGCGUACAAGUUAAAUCACAAUUUGUUGGGUUUAUUUUGAGAGACUGUACGCUUCCAUAUCCGAAUCGUGGACACGUCCUUUUAUGUAAAACAUCACCAACUCUUAUGUACCAGAUUGGAACACACGAAACCAGAGUAUUGGUUGAUAUCCCUGGCAAAUUACCAAGCAAUGGGUCUGGUGCUCUCAAGAAAUACCUCGAAAGUAAUGUCUUGCCUGAAGUGCCAUCAUCUGUUCAGGGUAAAUUCUACGAAGCAAUUCAGACAGAAAGAUUACGAUCAAUGCCGAAUAGCUUUUUACCUCCAUCGACCAACACCCAUGAAGGACUAAUUAUGUUGGGUGACGCGAUGAACAUGAGACAUCCAUUGACUGGAGGCGGAAUGACAGUUGGACUGAAUGAUGUCGUCACGUUGGCCGAAAUGCUUUCUCCUACUGAAGUGCCUGAUCUUGUCUACACUGGUUUAAUACUUGAGAAGAUGGAGGACUUUCAUUGGAAGAGAAAGCGAACAAGUUCAGUAAUCAAUGUAUUGGCGCAGGCUCUUUAUACAUUGUUUGCUGCAUCUGAUGAUCCGAAUCUACGCGUAUUGCAAGACGGUUGCUUUAAUUAUUUCUUACUGGGUGGCAACUGUGUUACUGGACCAAUCAGUCUUCUAUCCGGGCUAUGUGGUAGUCCUUUGGUGUUGACUUAUCACUUCUUUGCUGUUGCAUUAUAUGGAAUCUACUUAUUCAUUACAACCAGACCUUUUCUCGAGUUUCCUUUAAACAUUGUCAGAGGGUUCAUUAUUUUAUAUACAGCUGCCGCAGUGAUAUUCCCUGUCUUGCUUUCCGAAAUUUAUUUUUAA